UAUAAUUCAGUAUAGAACAUGAUAAAUAGUAGUGAUGAACAGCUAGCGGACUCGGAGGUCAUAGAGGUACUCCGGGAGCUGCAACCGCCGCAAAUACAAGAUGCAGAGUCUGUAGAAAGUAUAUUAGAUUAUGGUAUCACGGCAGCAAAAUCUGAACGUGAUAAAAUCCUGGCAAAUAUAAUCAACAACAAAAUAUUGUUAAACAAUAUUAAGAUAUUGAGUAAACUGGAUGUUGGAAUAAAGGCGUUUGUAGACGCAGGGAAUAAUAUAUUCCUACCCGCAAGAACACAAGAUAGACAUAUACUCAUACACAUCGGUUACCAAUUUUAUGUUGAUAUGGAGAUUGAAGAGGCAAGAAAUUUUAUUGAAAAACGGAUACAAUUAAUGCAGCAGAACUUGAAGACACUCAACACCAAAGUAGCGGAACAAAGGGCACAAUCGUUUAUUAUUGCAGAAACACUCUACUCAAUGUCAAAUGUGGGAUUUUAUAAGGAUAAUUAACUAGCCAUAUUUUUU